ACACUAUAUAAAUUUUUAUUAGAUAAAUAUAAGUACUAUAAAUAUAUGAAUUACUUAUUUUAACUAGAUUCAUAAAAAUUAAAAAUUCUGCAUUUAUUAACGCACAAAUACAAAAAAGAAAAAAUCUGUGUUGCAACUGGUUUUCAGAAUCAAGAAUCCUGUUAUAAUAUUAUGAUUAUGCGAGCCUAUGGCAGUUAUUUAAAGAUAUUGAAACAGAAAAGUCCUUUUAAUUUAUUAUGUUCCUUUGAGAAUUUCUUUAUGCAGAUAAAAGUUUUCUUCGAAUUUUUUCAAAUUUUUUUUUAAUAUAUCUAACGUGACUGUAACUGGAAAAAAGAAGAAAAAGAAGUGUAUUUCAUUAAGAAUUGCCACUUGUUUUUGAUUGAAUUUUUUAUUUCGGAUUUCAAAACAUGUGGUGUAAAAAUUUAUUAAAAGUUUAUCAAUGGUUUUCAAGAAACAUUUUAAGAGAUUAUUGCAUCAUGAAUUGUUCAUCUCAAGAAGUUGAAAAAAUUGAAAUUAAUAAAUCACGUAUUAUCAAAAAAUCACCAAGAAUACUUAUUACAGGUGGUCUAGGGCAAUUGGGUACCGAGUGUGCAAAACUAUUUCGUAAAAAUUAUGGAAACGAAAAUGUAAUUUUAUCUGAUAUAAUCAAACCGACAGAAGAAAAUUUAUCAAACGGACCUUUCAUUUUUGCCGAUAUUCUUGAUUUUAAAGGACUACAAAAGAUUGUAGUAAAUUAUAGAAUUGAUUGGCUUAUUCAUUUCAGUGCUCUUCUUAGCGCUAUAGGUGAACAAAAUGUUCCUCUAGCUGUAAGAGUCAACAUAGAAGGAAUGCAUAAUGUUAUUGAACUAGCAAAGCAAUAUAAAUUAAGAAUAUUUAUUCCUUCGACAAUUGGAGCAUUUGGUCCAGAUUCACCACGCAAUCCUACUCCAAAUGUAACUAUUCAACGUCCACGAACAAUUUAUGGCGUUAGUAAAGUUCAUGCUGAAUUAUUAGGUGAAUAUUAUCAUCAUAGAUUCGGUCUUGAUUUUCGAUGUCUUCGAUUUCCGGGAGUUAUCAGCAGUGAUCCACCAGGUGGUGGUACUACAGACUAUGCAGUAGCAGUUUUUCAUGAAGGAUUACUCACUAAAAAGUAUGAAUGUUAUUUAGAACCUUAUACAAGAUUACCAAUGAUGUACAUAGAAGAUUGUUUAUCAGCGCUUUUUCAAUUUUUAAAUACUCCAAGUGAGCAAUUACAAAGAAGAGUAUAUAAUGUUACUGCUAUGAGUUUCACACCUGAAGAAUUAUUUACUGAACUUAAAAAAUAUGUUCCUGAUUUAAAGAUUUCAUAUAAACCGGAUGCAAGACAAUAUAUUGCUGAAAAUUGGCCACAAGUUUUCGAUGAUAGUGAUGCUCGUCGAGAUUGGGGUUGGCAACAUAAGUAUAACUUAGAAAAACUUGUAAAAUCAAUGGUACGCGAUGUAAAGAAAAAUUUUUCAAACAAAAGAUCAUUAAAAGAAGUUAAUAGCUAUGUAUGAUAUGAUUUAGAUAAUUGAUAUAAAUUAUAUUAUAUAAUUAUCUUAAGAUAAUUUUCUAUUCUUCUUGGAGUUAGUUUAGAUGUUCUAACUGGAGUCAUAUUCAUUUUAUCAAUUUUUCUCGAUGGUGUAGUAUUUCUCUCUGUACUUUUUGGGGUAGAAAUAUUUCUUGAAGGAGUACUUCUGUCAAUAUUGGGAGUACUAACUCUAGGAGUUCCAACAUUUAGUUUUCCAGUUUGAGAAAGUUUUUCUUUAUUUUCAAAUUCUGUAAAACAAAAAAAAAAGAGACAAAUUUAUUUAUUAAAUUUAUAUAUCUUUUUAA